AUGGUUGCUGAGCCCGACUUGCUGGCAAUCAAGAAGGAGCUGGCGAACGACAGCAGAGAUGUCGCCGAUUUGUGGAAUGACGCUCUCCGGAAAUACAAGGGCAUUGUUGGGGAGGAUCUGCUACCCAAGUUUGCCAGCGUCGACGCCAUGGUUCAAUUCGGCACCAUUGAGAUGGAAAACUUCCACCAGUUCCGGCACAAUCAGAAGAAGGUCGACAAGCUUCGCAGCCUCUUCAUGGCAAAUCUGGCCUACAUCCAGAAAGGUGCGGAACAGUUGAUUGCUGCUGCCACUCCAGCGUUCCCGCCGGCAGCGGCGAUCGGAACAGCUCUUACAUAUAUGCUCAGUGCAUGCAAGCAAGUCUCUGCAGACUACGACGUGGUCACGGCAUUCUUUGAAGACAUAAAUACGUUUCUCCAACGGAUCACGAUUCUUGAAUCACGGUUACCAAGGUAUCCCGCCUACCGCAACUGCCUGAUGGAUGUGUUCACUUCGGUGCUGGAGAUGUGCGGCUUUGCCACCAAGUACAUUGAGCUGGGUCGAUUCAAGAAAUGGAUCUUGAACAUGGUACGCGGCGAGGAUGGGGAGUUGGGAGGCGCCCGAAAGAAGAUGGACACAUCUCUUUCUCGCCUCCAGUCUGCUACCGAGUACGCCAUCCUCGGCAACACCGAAGAAUUGCGGCGCAUGAACUCGGACCUCCAGCAAAACCAGGACAUGCAGACCAAGAUGAUGGAAGACCAGACUCGGAUGCUUGAGGACGUGAUGCGGAGUCAGGAUUCCGUUCUUUGCGACCUUCAAAAUAUCCAGAAGCUUCUGGUCAAGUUUGAAGAGCGACGACGAGAGGAUACGCCCAAACAGCGAGUUGCGACUAAGGCGUCUGGCCAGAACAAGCAGCCGCCCACAUCGAAUCAGGUCCGCAGCUUCUUCGAGGAUUCGCUAAACCCAGCCCACGAAUACCACAAUAUCAAGGAAUCCUUCAUUGCUGAUACGUGCACUUGGAUCUUCGAAGAGCCGCUGUGGCAGAGCUGGCUCACCCGGGAGCAAGGCAAGGACAGUCCGCGGAUGAUCGCAUUGCUAGGGUCAGCUGGUUCGGGCAAGAGUCAUCUUGCGGUGAAUAUCCACGACCAGCUUGUUAACGUCGCAGAAAAAGACACCACGACGAAUACCUGCGUUGCCCAUUUCUACUUCCGGGAGUCAACUAAAGACCUCAACGAGGUGUACAAAGCAGUCAACUGGACCGUCAUGCAAAUCGCAGAACAGAAUGCUGUACUCUGCGAGAAGAUCUGUGUCGAGCUACAGCGAGAUGAUCUCGAAAUAGAUCGCUGGAAUUGGAAAGAUGUCUGGAGCAAGCUGGUUCAACCCUGCUUCACUCCACCCAUGAAAGCUCGUCUUUGUGUCGUAUGGGACGGCUUGGACGAGCUUCCGGAGAUGGAGCAGCAGAAUUUAACCGAUCUCUUCACAUUGAUGAAAUACACGGCUAACCUGAACGUUAUGUUCGUUUGCACCAGCAGGGAAAUGCUAAAAGACCUCCUUAGCAAGGCUGGUGCCCAUUUCAUUGAGGUGACCAAGGAAAAGCAGCUCCCUGAUCUCAAGGCCCUGAUUUGGCAGCAUCUGAACAACGAUAGUGGGCUUCGCAAGUUCAGCAAGUACAUGAAGCAGAGGAUCUCGAGCACGCUGGAGGACAAGGCUGAUGUUCAGCAUCUUCGGCAGAGAACCUCUUGUUCUCAAAGCACUGGAAGAGCAUAUGCCAGAAGGCUUGGAGGGCUUUACCUUAACAUGGUCGCCGACCUGCAACACCAUACUCCAGCGGAUGAACUCCACGCCAUGAAGACUCUGUUGUGCUGGUUGGCUUAUUCGUACCGUCCGUUGACCCUAGCCGAGUGCCUGUCCAUUCUGGAAAUCACAUCUGAAACCUCGUUCGACCUGGAGCGAGAACUCCAAGGCAGACAGCUGGCAAGAUUCCUUCGACUGGGAGACCUCGAAGAACGUAUGACCGGCAGUGCAGCUGAAGAUAUCAAACUAAGCCUCCAAACCCAGAACAAGUCGGACGCUCCGUUCAACGACGGAGACUUGCCCUUGAAGUUCCAGGAACGCUCCAUGGCAGGUUUCUUCCGUGGCGGAGAGACGGGGCUAAGAACCCUUGGCAAGGACGGGCAUUGCGAGAUAUUCAUCGUCUGCUCCGACAUCCUUUGUGGCCGGAUGCCCAACGCUCAUGCAGCCCUCCGUCAGUAUGCCGCUAUAAACGCGAUGGUCCAUCUUAGCUGGGUAUCAUUGAAAGAUCACACGGAGCAUGACAGGAUCCGAGCCUUGAACGCAUUAGGAAACCUGAUGAGCAAUGAGUCCCAUGCUGCUACGACCUUGGAGGCUCUCGGCGUGGACUACGAAGAGAUCAACGAAGGUUUCGCAAGUGGUGUCCUGAUGUUCAACAUGGCUUAUGCGGCGAAAAUGGCGGUCGCACUCCCUGGUAAAGUGAGCUCGAGCACCUCGAAAUGGGCGGCUAGUGUGGCCGCAGAUGUUCGUGUUGCAUUCGAUCCUCUCGCGAGAGGACAUGUUGCGAACUGGUUCCAGGCCAAGGAUGCAAAGGCCGCCCUCCUCUCGUUCGCUUUCGCGCACAGCGCCAUCGCCAUGUGGUCUUCGAUUAUGGCCAUCCUACAACACACCGAUAUGGUCAAUCCUGUCUUUCUCAAUGGUCACGCUCUUCAACCGCACCUGGAAAGUAAGCGCACCGUCGAUGCCAGCCAGACAGGCAACUCCGAAACGGACAGCCACGACGACAAAAACGCUGACGAGGAGCAGCCCGACUAUACAACCAAGCAGAUUCUCGCUGUCUUCAACUGCUUCGAUGACAUCCCAAAGGACGCCAACGCUUACCUUGUCGUGGCCAUGGUACUUGAGGAAUCCGACGACCAUGCCUCAGCACUUACCUAUGGCCUUCGCGCAUUGGAAAUGUGCCCAAUUGCUUACGAGACCAUACGCAAGGCUUUUGCCAAUCCUCCAUCGUUACAGCCAAAGCUCCUUCGUGCUGGGCUUGUCACUCGCGCGAAAGCCGAAGUUGCGGUCGGUAAGAAGGACGAGGCAAUUGCGUCGUACGAAGAAGCUCGCCUGGCGGAUCCGGAAGAGCCAUUACCAGGCUUCAACCUCAAGUCUGCGUUCAACGCGUGUUUGUCGAAGAAGGACGACGCCAUGCUCGUGGAGCUUGUGAAGAACUGGAAGCCCAUGGAGCGUCUUGCUUGGAUGACUUGGGAUCUCGACCGGGUUGGAAAUGACGACCACGACGAGCUCCGAAGAGCCGCCACCCGAGCAGGGCAACAAGAGUACCUGUACCAAGCGUACGACGAGGUACUCAAGUUGCUCGACACCGUGGCUGCGGCUGCUCCGAUUCGCUACCAUCUCGCAAUCACACACUGGGAAGUAGGAUUAGAUAUCGAGGCAGCAAAAGCCUUGAUCAACGAAACCCUGGACACGAGUUCGGACGGAUAUCGUUUCGCCCUUACCAACGAGGAUCCAGCCUACACACUAGUUUGCGCCGUCCUCUUCAUGUCCGAACUGAUUUAUGAGCAGUAUCGCACAACUUCCGACCCAUCGGUCAAAGCUCAACUGUACGCCGAGAUCCAGAGCCUCACCAAGAGACCGCUCGCACAGUCGGUUACAUCCCUCAAAUCCGAGCUAACACACCAUCCCCUCACAAUCGCGCGAAUGUCACGUAAGAUGGCCACGGCUCGAGAGUUCCAAGAUAUCAUGGAGCACUCUUUCAACGUCUGCUAUGACGCUCUGACCGACAAUGUGGGAUGGAAUGACUUUCGAAAUCUUAACGAGCUUGCCGCCGUCAUUUCCAGCCUAGAGGGACUCGAGAAGGAGGCACAGAUUCUGUUUUCAGCUCAAUUUUCCAAGCUGGACCCAUCGGUCAAAGAGAACGGCGAGGAGUCAGAAGCAGACGACGAGGAAGAAGAAGACCCCGACGAAAGUGAGGACGAUAGUGUUAAUGACGGUAGCGACCAUGACGACCAUGACAAUGACGACUAUCCGCUCCCAACCGACGAAGGCGACCUUGCCGGCGCCUGGGUCGAGUGCAGCGGAGAGUGCAUGCCGGCCCAGAUGUGGCGCGCGUGGAAAGGGCGCCCAAUGUACUUUUGCACAAUAUGCUGGAACGUAUUUCUGUGCGAAGACUGCUACCACAAGCGGCAAGGAUACAAUCAACAAGGAGGAGACACGGCAUGUAGGGAAAAGGUCGGCACCGUAUAUUGUGGGACGAACCACAGCUAUAUCACGCCAAUCCCAGGCUGGAAAGGCAUCAAGGAUGGCGUGAUGAACAUCCAAGGUCAGAAUGGCGAGGAGACCACAAGUGUGAAGUUCAGGGAUUGGUUGGAGGAGUUGAAAACCGUCAAGUGGAAACAGGCUUGGGAGCGGUUCUGGUUGAAGGAGGAAUGA